AUGUCGAACGCGACUGAGCCGGGAGAGCGGCCCAACUCCGGCUCUGGUUGCCGCCUGCGCGGGGGCAGCACCGGCGGCGGGGGCGGCGGGGGCGCCUCGACGCAGGCCCAACCUCAGCCUCCCAACUCCAACUCUGGUGGCGCCAAGCAGGUGGCAACGGCGGCGGCGGGGCAGCCGCAGCAGCGAAAGCCGUGCUGCUUCUGCUGGUGCUGCUGCUGCUCCUGCUCCUGGACCAAAUGCUUGGCGGUGAAGAGUGGCGAAGACCGGCCCAAGCCGCAGGAUCUGCCAACCAACGGCGAACCUCUGCCUUCGCUGGAAGAAAUUCGGAGUUGGGGAAAGUCGUUCGACAGACUCAUGAAAAGUGCCGCCGGCAGAAAGGUGUUCCGCGACUUUCUGCGCUGUGAAUACAGCGAAGAAAACAUCCUUUUCUGGCUUGCUUGCGAAGAUCUGAAAAAGGAGUCGAACCCCGAUGUGGUUGAGGAGAAGGCCAGGUUCAUCUACGAGGACUACAUCUCUAUCCUCUCGCCUAAAGAGGUGAGCCUAGAUUCGCGGGUGCGCGAGAUCGUCAACCGCAACAUGGUGGACCCGACGCCGCACACGUUCGACGAGGCGCAGCUGCAGAUCUACACGCUGAUGCACCGAGACUCGUACCCGCGCUUCGUCAACUCGACGCAGUUCAAGAAGCUGGCGCAGCUCACCAGCAACGGCAACGACGCCAGCGGCGCCGCGACGCCCACCGGCAAGGACAAGGAGAAGGAGAAGGACAAGGAGAAGGACAAGGACGCGCCGACGUCGUCCUCUGGUCGCAAAGACAGCAGCGCGUAACGCAGCACGGUCUACGCACGACGCCCUCCUGCUGGGUCCCAUGCACCGCCCAACGCCCCCGCAAGCCCCCACCCUUCACCACGACACCUGCCACCGGCACUGCAUCGUCAUCGGCCUCACGAAGACAUUACCAUAAUGGCCUAACGCGGAGGGACCGGUGCAUCACUCUGGCCCAUCUCCCCCUUGGUGCCCGCGGGUCGGACACCGAUUUGCAAUUCGUGUCAGCUCAUCGCGACGGCAAAGGUCGAGGUCAGCGCGGACAGCAGUAGCGUCCAUCGGGGAUUACGUAGCAUUGCACGAGAGCCCACUGGUUCCUGGGCACGUCAUCGGGAUACUUCUGGAUCAGCGCUGCGGUCUACGUGCGCACUCACCGGGGAAUGAGUUCAGCUUGGCAACUUCCCUACUCACCUCCAUUCUCCCGUUCCUGAGAGUCGUAAGCUUCCCUACCGAUAGCUCAGAGGUGACCACUGGUCCUGCCACCUUACUCCAGUUCCGCUGCCCCCUCCCCGCCACCCCCCACCACUGUUCACUCACAGAUGACCCCUCGGAGCAAAGCUGUGUGGCUGUUACGAACUGCUGUACAUUUUCAUCCAGACGCGAGGAAACGCACAAAAAGUAUGGGCAAGUGGGUGUUAUCGACGGCAGCUUUGCAAUACCCUAUCCCGUUCCUGGAAUGUAUUUCUUUUUUCUUUUGUUUUUGGCAUGAAACCGAAUGGUGCAACGAAAUAUUACGCUACGUUGGUGCCAAAACGAUUCUGGUUGGCCGAGCGAGGAAUAGGAUUCGCUGCUAGGUGGCGUGGAUUGUACCAAUAUGCUAUUUUUGAUGAAAGCGAAUGGACUGCCACUGCGCCGAGCGUUACAAAAACUUUUCACGAGAGCUGAAAUGCAAACCCCGUAAAAGGCCCUACAAAUUUUACGUUAUCGUGAUUCUAGUCCUUACAGUAUGUUUAUUUCGAAUAUUGUGUUGACUGUCUUUUAAGAGAUGAUUAUUUCUUUACUCUAGUCGUUAAAGUCAAAGAAAUAAUACUAGUCAUUACAGAUAAAACGUUCCUAUGUAUUUGGUUGUAUGUCAAUUGACAACUGAUAUAUUUUUCUCUUUUAUUUAAUUAAAUAUAUCAAGAUGAAUAAGCAAGUAAGGGAUCAGGCUGUUAAACUUAUUAUGUACAUAUAUAAAUAUAUAUUUCAAGAAGUUACAGACUUUGUAGUAUAUAUAUAUGUUUGAAACAAAAAAUAUUAUGUCGUUUAGUACAGAAGCUCUUGCAGGUCUGAUACAACUGCCUCACAAAAAACACAAUUUGAAGAAAAAAAUUAAUUGCACAUUAACAAUGUAUUUUUGUCGUGAAAGGAUUUCGAUCUUAGCGACCAGACGAUUAAUGCUUUUUUAAACAGACAAUUAUGAAACGUUGUAGCUGUGUGAAAUUUUGCUGAUUGCGGAUGUACGUAGUGAAUAAUUGUGUAAUUAGAAAACACCUAAUAGUAUAUUCCUACCCGACCUUGCACCUCUUCAAGUUCACUUGUUAACUCAGCUAGCCUUGAAAUAUUUUAUAAUAAAAUCAUCGCUCCAUAUGUGUACUUAAUACUGAUAUUUACUGUACUAAUGUAAUGACCAAGUCUCCUCGUAAAGACCAAUUAUUAUAUGAAUGAUGCACAUUUUUAUUAAACUCCAUAUUUAUAGGUCGAUAGGAGCUCAAAUGUAAUUGAUGUACAUCAUGUUUGUGUACACAAAAUAAUAAUUAUCCUCAAAGUGAUCAUAAAAAUAUAUAUACAUAAUUAUUAAGUGUGCUGUUUAAUGAAAAUAAAAAGCGAAAAUAAUUGUGCAAAUACACCGACGUUCCGUGCGACAGACAAUUUAAAUAACAUAAAAUCUCUUGGAAGCUGCAGACAUUCGUCAUAUUCAUCUUCUCAGUGGUUUGUUUGGUGGUUUAAGGACUCAGUGAAACAAUUCAGAGAAUAUAAGUGAGAUAACAAAAUUUUAGAUGCGUAUCGAUAAAAGACAAUCGUUACAUGCAAUCGCUUUAUGCAUCACCUGUGUACAUUCUCUAAAGAAACAGAUUACAAAUAAAUAAUUAUUGGUAUUGUAGAAGAUGAGUAAUGUGAACAGUGUGUAAGGCACAAACUGUAAGAAAGACAGAGUAUUACUAAUAAUUCCUCAGUAUGAAAGUGUAAAGUUUUGUGUUUGUUGCGUGUUCAGCAAGAUUCUUUAUCAGAAGUGUUUUUCUCUACAAGUAAGUGUGUACGGUGCUGCGGCUGUUUUUAAUCAUUUAUUCCGUCAAAAAAGUCAUGUUCAUGUUACAUUAUUAUUAUUGAUAGACCAUCUGAAUAAAGCCCAUAAAUUUAUUGUUUUCUCAUGAAGCAAAUUAAUAAUUCUUCAUGGUACUGGUUCAAAAAGUACAGCGUUAAACCCCACAAAAUGUGACAAGUUGCAAUAUUCGUUAAAGAUUAUGAAUCUCGACCUAAAAUAGUGACAGAUGCCUUUAUUAACAUACAAGCAAUAUGUUUUGAAGAAUCUAACAAAGCUGGACUGAUUACAAGAAGAGUUCGACUUUGCAUUAUACUCCAGACAUAUAGAUCCUUACUCUGUGCUUUCUCAUAUCUACUUGGCAUAAGUGAACAACAGUUGAACAUCACAUGUAUUUCAUCAUGGGAAAAUACUGCGCACUCAA